CGAAGUCGCCAACAUAAACAUAAGACGUGUGUGGGACCUCGCUGCGCGCGUUUUCGAAGGGUUUCUUGCUGUAUAUUUUUGCUGUGGUGCUGAACUGAAUUGAACCUGAACCCACCCCGCGAGUGUGAGUGGAAAAAAAGCGCGCGCGAGAGAUUUUUGCCGGUCGCGCUCCUAGAUGUAGGCAAACACGGUGCACGAUUGUUGUGAUUUCUGCGGUUGCUUGGAUCUUCGAGGAGGUGAUUUCAACGAUCGGAUUGUGGGGGCGAUCAAGCGACGAACCUGAAAUUGAUUGACCCUUGAAGUUUUUGGGACGAUCGAAUCUCGUGUAAACAUAGUGGCGCUCUUGGCGGCGAUGCAUGACAUAAUACGUUUUGUAUGAAGGAACAUCCGGUCAUUUUACUGCUGCUCAUCUUUUUUUUUUAUCUGGGUAACCACGGAAGACCCCACUUGUUAAAGUGACUACGACGGUCAACUGAAGAAGACAGCUUGUGUGAACCACGAAAAAACGGAAAAUUAACAUAACGCAUGUGAAUGAGUAAUAAAACGCAUAAACGCGUGACAGAGUGUAGAACGUCGUAAACAGAAGUUAGACAGAAGAAUUGUUAGGGGAAACAAGACAAGUGCAGCGAUCGACGGGAACAAGUGAAAAGCGUUCUCGUUUUUUUUUUCGGAGGGUUCUUCUGUGCAGUGAAUCGAUUAUAUCUCGACCCUCAGAUCUGUGCUCGAAGAAUUAUAGGAUCGUUCCGACCCAGCUCAAAAGAAAAAGUGAAUCUACGAAAGUCUUCAAAAACGAAAAGCAGGUGUUGAAUGUACAAUAUACGUAAACCCUUAGAAAGACGACGAGGGUCAGAUGUGAACCAUAUUUUUGUAUGUUAGUUUUGUUCAACGUCGAAGCAACCUGCAGAUGUUUGAAGAAGCGACAGUUGUCAACAUGACGAAGGAGGCGAAGCCCGUUAACCAGCAGCCUACUCGGAUCAACUCGACGUAGGAACUGUAUCAAUCAAACGAAUUAAGUCCAGUUGAGCUUAAUUAACGCCUUGGGGCUUCUCAGCCCCCUCCCAGGACUGCUCUUUCUUAUCGAAUCAAACCAGAAACCCACAGAAAUGCACAACGUAGAUAACAUAGGUGCUUUCUUCCAGACCUGCAAGGUCCUCUGGCAUCUGGAUGCCUUCCGACGAUCAUUCCGCCAGCUCCAGAAUCACGUCUGCGGUGGGCAGGACUGUAUUUUCUGCGCCCUCAAGGAACUCUUCUCCCAGCUGCAGACGAGCUCGGAGCCGGCGCUCUGUCCGGAACCGUUGAGGCGUGCCUUGGCCAGCGGUCCGCUGGCCGGAAGGCGCUUCCCCCUGGGUUGCCUCGGGGAUGCGGCCGAAUGCUUCGAAUUGCUGCUGCACCGGGUCCAUCAGCAUCUGUCCGCUAGCGAGGGGGACAGUUGCGAGGCUCCGCAGUGCGUGGCCCACCAGCGCUUCGCCAUGAGGGUGGUGGAACAGAGUGUAUGCGAGUGCGGGGCCAACUCGGAGCAGUUGCCCUUUACGCAGAUGGUGCAUUACGUGUCCGCGUCAGCGCUCACCUCCCAGAGUAACCUGUCGGCGGCCAACCAACAGCCAAUCACCUUUGGCCAACUGCUGCGGAAUGCCGGCAACAUGGGCGACAUUCGGGACUGUCCGAAUGCCUGUGGAGCCAAGAUUGGAAUCCGACGUGCCUUGCUCAACCGUCCAGAUGUCGUCUCGAUCGGUGUGGUUUGGGACUCAGAACGUCCGGCCGCCGAUCAGGUGCACUCCGUGCUGAAAGCUGUCGGAACGUCCCUUCGCCUGUGCGACGUCUUCCAUCAGGUGUCGGAUCAACGGUGGGCCCAAACCGUCAACCACGAACUGGUCGGAGUAGUCUCCUACUACGGCAAACACUACACGACAUUCUUCUUCCACACCAAGCUCCGUGUCUGGGUGUACUUCGACGAUGCCAACGUUAAGGAGGUCGGUCCCAAUUGGGAAGGCGUGGUGGACAAGUGCACCCGAGGACGCUACCAACCGCUGCUACUACUCUACGCACUUCCCCAACCGCAACCUCAGCCACAACAGGUCACCGCUCAGGAGCUUGCCGCAAUGCAGCAAGCGCAACACCGAAGGGCAGUUACCCCGAGUCCUGAGAAGGCUCCGAUCGGUUCCCAGAACCGCAGAGCCAUUACACCUACCCCGAACCGAGCAGUAUCCGUAUGCGACUAUCAAAACCUAAGUGUCAUCCAGAGCAAAAUCUUCCCCAACGAAGAGAAAGAAAACUACAUCAGCCGAAAAGCCGUCCAGAACGUCCUCAAUGCACAGCAGUACCAGAACCUUUCCGUGAUUCAGGACAAGAUCUUCCAGCAGCAGCAGGAAGCCGAUAAGUCCGACCAAGGUGGAUACAUCUCCAAGAACGCCCUGAAUGCUCAAAUGCGCAAGCAGCCCAUGAACCUGCAUCGAAGCCUCAGUGCUGAAUCAGGACAAGUCUCUCCUCCAUCAUCCUCCACUUCCUCCCCCGACGGCCUCUCAAUCCCUGACCACCUAAACCAGCCGCGUCGACGGGAUUCCGGAAACUGGAGCGGCGAUCGCAAUUCGGCCUCGUCUUCAUCCUCCACCACCCUCGACAAUCCCUAUCUCUACCUAGUCGGCAAGCGCAACGGCAGCGUACCCGCCAGUCCCACUCGUCAAGGUCAGUUCUACGACGCCGGGUACGACUCCUACUCGCUCUCCUCAACCGAUUCCUUCCCGCCGAAACAUCCGAUCAAUGGCAACAACAUGCAUCUGGCCAAGAUCCCCGAGUCCGUCGUUCUCAGCGGUGAUUGCGAGAAGCUCUGCAUGGAAGCCGAUCAACUGCUGGAGAAGUCCCGAAUUCUCGAGGAAGCCCACGACUUGGAAACGGCAUUGGUGCUCUGUAACGCUGCCGCUAGUAAGGCACGCGCCGCCAUGGAUGCACCCUACAGCAAUCCCCACACGAUGACGUUUGCACGGAUGAAGCACAAUACUUGCGUCAUGCGCGCUCGCUCCCUCCAUCGAAGGAUUCUCAUCGAAAAGGGCGGCGAAAUCAUCAAGGAGCAGCAGCAACAGCACCAACAGUUGGCCUACAAUCUGGCCGGAAUCGGAAGCGGAGGCAUAGCUCAUCGGAGACAAAACAGCAAGGAGAAGCUGCUGAGUAGUGGACGCCAGAACAGUAAGGAGAUGUUGCACGAGUCGGGUAGUUCGACCCUGACAAGGAGCUCACCAUCAAAGAGCAUUGAGAUCUACGCAACGCUGCCGAAGAAGAAGGUAACCUUGAAGCUGGUCGAAGCGGAAAAUAUCGAGGAAGUAGUUCAGGGCACGGUGGAUGUCAAACCCGAACGGGAAAGCCGGUCGCUAUUCGGAAGGAGUAAGGAUUCGAAGGAGAAACGAAGCCGAAGUGAAGAUCGCAACAAAAUCAACCGUGACUUCCAGUUGGCCGAUGCAUCGCUGGUGAACGCGAAAGAUACACUGAAGAAGCACAAGGAGGAGAAGGAAACCGAUAAGAAGGAUAAGGAUGCCAAGGCGGGAAAGAAACAGCACAAGAUUCGACGAAAGCUGUUGAUGGGAGGGUUGAUCAGGCGGAAGAAUCGAUCAAUGCCUGAUUUGACGGAAGGAGCGGGCGCAACAGAUGAGCCUGCCGGAGGCAUUAUCCCACCGCUAAAGCAGAUGGUGUCGAUCGAUGACAGUACGGUUGGGUUGAGUCUCGCCAAGGAUUCGGCCAACAGCGGGUAUCUGUCGGAAGGACACUUCGAUUAUCAGGUAUCCAACACUAACCCUAAUCUGGAGCGAAGCAAGUUGAUGCGAAAGAGCUUCCAUGGAAGUGGAAAGACUCUUACAAUCCCGAAAGUGCCACCGCCACCUCCCGUACGGGUGGGAUCCUCGUUGACUGCUCAGCAACUCCAGCAACAGCAGCAACAGCAACAACAACAACAGCAGCAGCAAUCUCAACAACAAAUGCUGCAAGUGCAGAAGCUCCCCCUAAAUGGUGCCAACCUUCGGCACCUGGAGUUCCAAGAAAGCCAUCCCCCGGCAUCUCCGCUGGAGCCCUAUCACAAGGCGAACCUGUCCAACCUUUCAACCAUGAGCUCAAACACCAGCAUGAGCGAAGACUCCUGCCAGACGAUUAUCACAACCUGCGCCGUGGUCCACCAGGAACAGUCCCCAAUGAAGCCUCAAGAUCAGCAGCCCUACUCAUCAUCAGCUUCAGUCGAUGAAGUUGACACGAUAGUCAAAUACAACAAUAGCGCACCCAACAAUAGCAACGGCCCAACCCAAAUGGAACUGCCGCCCUAUCCAAGCCCUCCGUCGACCACGUGCCAUUCGCGUCAGGCUAGCGAAGAUUUCCCUCCGCCGCCACCGGCGAUCGACUUUGAACCACUUAACGAGCAGCUAAGCGAAAUUCAAAGCCUACAGCAACAGCAGGGAAAGAGUUCGCAGCCGAUUCAUCAACAACAGUACCAUGUGCAGAACACGACAAGCAUCCUGGCGCAGCUGCAAGCCAAACAGCACCAGCUGAUGAUGAUGAAUAAGAUGCGAGAACAGCAACAACAACAGCAGCAGCAGCAACAGAUCAACAACGCCAACAACCCCAUCAGCGCUUCCGAGAUCCUGAACGAGACCACUCGAUCGGAGAUCUGGCUCAAGGAGCUGCAAGCCAAACAGAUCGCACUCAAGCAGCAGCAACAGCAGCAAAAUCAACCCCAAGCACAGCAACAGCAGCAGCAACAAGCUAUGAUGCAGCAAGCGAGCAACGAUCAGCGAAGCGUUCGCGAUCUGGCGUCCCGUUUCGAACAAAUCAAAAUGGCCCCGAUGCCGCAACAACAGGCUCAACCGCAACCACAGCCACAGCAGAUGCAGUCGAGUGCAUCAGCCUCGACGAUUCGCCCCUAUCCAAGUCAGGAGCUGCUGAACGGAGUCACUAAACAGACACUGCCGCAGUCAGCACUACAACAGCCACCCAACGUCCGAACGGGCAUGAGUGGUCUCCUGACCGAUCAGAAGGCGAAGCAGUCUUUGGCGAGCACGCUGUCGUCGGAAACUGACAGCAACGCCAACGCCGGAGUCGACGAAGUUGACUGCAUAGCGGCGUACAAGAUGCUGCCCAAGCCACGGUACGAUAUUGCUCAGGCGCAGAUCCAGGAGGAGAUCCGGGAAGUGGAGAUGUUGAACCAGGUGGUUCAGCAAACGUUGAAUAACUCUACAAGUGGCAACACGGCCACGAACGCAAUUAUCAAGAGAACCAAGAAGAAAAGCGUGUCGUUCUGCGAUCAGGUUAUACUGGUUGCUACUGCGGACGAUGGAGAAGAAGAUGAUUUCAUCCCAAAUCCGAUACUGGAGCGUGUCCUGAGGACGGCUGGUAACGGAAGCGGUGAUUCUGAAGAGAGGCAAGGACAAAACUCUCCACAACCUGUCCUGUCUACUAGUAUUACAUACCACCCGAUCAAGACGCCGUCUGGCGGACAGUACUCUCUGGCUGCAGAUAUGCACAAGCAGAACAUGGAGAUUCAAAGGCAGCUGCAACAGCAACAACAGCAGUAUUAUCAAGUGCAGCCUCAACAGCAGCCCAACGAAAGCUAUCAGCAGUACUCGACCAUUCCUAGCAACGCUGCUGGCUUCAAGACUCAGCAAUUCCAACCGCAACCGCAGGCCAUGUUCAACGAAAACUCUAUCCCAAAAUCUUCGAUCUACCAACCUCCCCCAAUGCCGCAGCAGCAAUAUCUGCCACAGCAGUCUCAACCGCAGCAACAACAGAAGCCAAGGCUAUUCGACGACAGCGGCAGCGAGCACAGUUACGAUAUGAGGAUAGCUCCUCCACCAACCAGUUACGGAAACUCUCCGUAUAUGUCCGUCCCCUGUCCGAUGGAUCAAGGAUUCCAAACGGUCUCCGCCUCUCCCACAAUGACCACCAACUCCACAGUCAUGAACGGCUCACCGAAUCCUGCCCUUCCGCUAGGCAUCCGGCAGAACCUAACCUCGAUGAUGCACCAGCAAAACGGAGCCGUCCUGAGACAGCAGCAACAAUCUCCCUUGAUGGUAUCGCAACAGCCACAGCAACCUUCAAAUGUCUACCAGAAGCCUCCUCUGCCAACCAACUACCAACAACAACAGCCGCAGCAGAAUAUGAUGCCCUACAAUACCAAUUCUAACCCUUACAAUGCUUACAGCACGCAAGCCCAACUCCAGCAACCCUCCCAACAGCUUCCUUCCCCCUACCAGAGGGUACCGCUAUCUCACUAUCAAGACUCCCCCUACCAUGAUCUCCCGUUGCCUCAACAGCAACAACCGCAGUCUCCUCCGCACCAGCAGGUCUACCUCCAACCCCAACAGCAGCAAAAACCCCCACAGAAGAAGGUGAGCUUCGAACCGGGCACCAAAGGUGGCUCCGAUUGUCCACCCUCUCCUCAACCUAUCCCAUCCAACAAUCCCCAGGCCCUCCCCGCUGACCCUCAGCAACAGCCUCAGCAGCAACAGGUUGGACUCCCCGUAACGCGAGUGGCCAUUGCCACCUAUAACAGCAACGCCAUUGUGAAGGCCUCGGCCAAGGCUGUCCAGUGCAGUCUCUGCCGGAAGAAGCAUUGCAUACUGCCGGCAGUGUACUGCACCGAUUGCGAAUUCUACAUGAGCCGCUUCCAGGGACCAAUGCGGAGGUGAUCCAAACCUUCGUCAACGCUGUUGCGGGUACAAUGAAUGAGUGCACUUGUCAGUUACAAUAUCUCUCAUUUCAACUGACCUUGCACUCAUUUGUCCAAAAAAAUGAUUCGCCCAGCUCAAAUUCCAUUGCCCUCGAAGCAAGUUCUCCUAUCACAUAGGAAAAAAGUGCAAAUUAGUUUUUUAGCCUGAAACGAAACGUGCCUUUCAGCGGGGAUCCACCAGUCCACCGUUAAUGUUCCGACUGCUGUGAAUCCAACCUUAGGUCAUUUUUUUUUGUUUAGUUUGCGACUAAUUCUAGUUGGUUGUUGGUGCCUGCGGUUUGAAACCGCCAGUCGGGCGCCCAAUAGGGUUAACUUAAGCAAAACAAGCGCGGAAAUUAAUAUUAGGGAAAAUCAGAGAGGCUUCUUUUGAAAAGAAGUCGACCGCUGCUGUAGAUAUUUAGAGGAAAACAUUUAGGUUGCUGUUUUAUUGGGAGAGAUUGUUCUCCUGUUGAAUGUGAUAUUUUCUUUUUGCUCGAGUUCAUAUCUUUAUUUAAACACCGUUUUUACACUCUGACUCAUGAAGUUAGAUUUUAUUCAUAAGAGUAAGACAAUCAGAAAUUCGUCCACUAGCGUUAGGAAUAGACUUACAAUACCUACUUAAUAAGUGACUAAGCGAAAACGAACAACCAUUCCCGAUACUGCCCAUUAAAUGCAUUUUAUCCAUAGAGCGACUACUCUUCUUCGAUGCAUGUUUUAAUCGUAAGUGUACAAUGACUCCUCAAAUCCAAACUUCGUCGACAUUCCAUUUUCUUAGAACUUAGAUCUGACAAUAUAUAAACCUAAGACUUGACAA